AUGAGGAAGUGACUCGCUCGGGGCUGGUCUAUUCCCCUUCUAAAAAGUCUGCAUUUUGUAUCUGUUGUCUUCUCUAUUCCCGGUCAGACCAUCAAUCCUCAUUGGAGCAGGAAGGUGGAUUCAACCAGUGGAAAACACCUGAAAGGAUUAGUGUUCAUGAAAAUGCCAAAAAUCAUCAGGAACGCUUCACACAGUGGAAAGAAACGGAAAAAAAUUUAACUGGAAACAGAGGAGUUAUUGACGUGAUAUUUCAGUCACAGAUCGAGAAGGAAAAGCAGAAGUGGCGUGAUAUCUUGACAAGAAUCCUUCACUGCAUAAAAUUCCUUGAGACUCAGAACCUGGCUUUGCGACGACAGCUAGACGAUGACUCCAAUGUGGGAAAUUUCCUUGGCUUACUGAAACUACUGGCCAUCUUUGACCCUAUCAUAAAAGAACACUUCACUCAUUUGGAAAGUCAUCCUGGAUCCACAUCUUAUCUUUCACUGGGUGUCCAGAAUGAAUUCAUCCACAUGAUCGCAUCCACUGUUAACCAGAGUUUACUGAGAAGCAUUCAUAAAGCCAAAUACUAUGGUCUCAUGUUUGACUCGACUACUGAUCAGGCACACCUCACUACUACUGAGCAGAUGUCAGAAGUAGUGAGGUAUGUGGAAGUUGAUUUUGAGAGGAAAACAGUCCAUAUUAGAGUGUCCUUCCUUGGUUUUAUCCAGAUAAGACAGAAGGAUGCUGAGAGCUUGGUUGAAGACAUCUUGAAACAGCUAGAGAAGGACGAAAUAGAGCUACAAGAUUGUCAGUCACAGUGCUAUGACAACGCUGCUGUAUGGCUGGACACAGAAGUGGUGUUCAUCAAAGAAUAAGUGAGUAAAACAACCUGGCAGUGUUUGUAAAUUGCGACAAUCACCCACUCAACUUGGUGGGUGUACGUGCAGCCAAGCAGGAUACAAUGAUGGUCACGUUUUUUGGAACCAUCGAAGCUCUCUACGUGUUUUUCUCUCGUUCAGCACAACACUGGGAAUAACUCAAAAACACCGUGCCUGUGGUUGUUAAGUCGGAGUCCAAAACCAGAUGGAGUGCAAGGACAGAAGCAGUGAAGCCCGUCAACAAGUACCUUGAGGAAAUGGGAAGAGUCAUGAAGGGAACACUCGACCGUCUUCACAGAGAAAUGGACGAAAGGUUCGCUCAUUUGCACAACACUGACGCUAAGUUUGGGUUCCUUCUCGAUGUCGAGGGACUGUGUUAUGGUGCUGACAGUAACAACCUAAAGAAGAAGUGCGAAAAUUUGGGCAAAUUGUACAGCUUUGAUGUUGAUGGACAGCAGCUAUAUGAAGACAUUUUGGAUUGUAGAAUGUUGCUAUCAAGGUCCUCCUGUUGCUGCUGCAGUCCGAUCACAUUUUGAUGAUUGUCCAGACACACAUCGACAGUUCUGCUUUCAUGGGACCUGCCGCUUCUUGGUCCAAGAGUCUGCUCCAGCAUGUGUGUGUCACCCUGGCUUCAUUGGGACACGGUGUGAACAUGCUGACAUUCUUGCUGUGGUGGCUGUCAGACAAAAGCAACAAGCAAUCACUACAUUAGUUGUAGUGUCGGUCGUUGUCUCCGUCCUCCUGGUUGCAGCCUGUGUCUUACUACAUUGCUGUGGGAAGCGGAAGAAGUGUGAGUUCUGCCGAAGAAUGCUCGCUGGGCCUGAAGCCAGCCUGUUGAAGAGUGGGUCACCAAGCAUCCAUGGAGACACAGGCAAAGACUUUGAUCAUGUUAUUGGUGGGGUGUAAGAAUUGAUGGUAUUUCGAUGGCCUCUUCUGAUCUCUGCAUCUCUUCACUGCCAUAGACAAUAAUGGGCUCCCAGCCUUCAUGUUCCUGCCAGAUCCAGGAUCAUCUCACCUUAGACUUAGGGACCACAUCUGUUGAGCACAGAAGAAAAUAUUUUGUAUUAUAUUGAAGUUCCAUUAUUUUUUUGUUUGUUCUAUCACUUAAUUUAUAGAAACACUAGAGCUAAAACAAGAAUAUCUUCUCUUCAAAUUUUACAGAUUUUAAGCAGAACCCAUUGAUAAAUAGCUGUGAGAUUGUAUGAUUAUUUAAGAACCAGAAAGAGUUCAAAUUAUAUGUAAAACUAUUUAAACACCUUAC